AUAAUGUCUUCACAUAACAAAAAGAAACACCAUUAUGAAACGCCACUUGUAAAACUGUCAAAAUCCUUAUCAUAUGUCCUUCGUCACCAUGCUAAAGACGAAGGUCUAAAUAUUCGUGAGGACGGUUACGUCAAAUUAGACGAUUUGUUGAAAUUACCGAGAUUCAACGGAACGACUUUUGAAAAUAUUAAAUUCGUUGUUGAUAACAAUGAUAAAAAGCGGUUUACUUUGACGCAAGAAACAUCAGAUGAUGGAAUUUCCUCGUGGUGGAUACGAGCAAAUCAAGGGCAUAGUAUUGAGGUGAAAAAUUUGGAGCUCGAAGAAAUCACGGAUCAUUUGCAAUUUUCAGAAAUAAUACAUGGAACAUAUUUGCGCAAUUGGAAAAAUAUAGAAUCACAAGGCCUUUCAAGGAUGAAGCGCAACCACAUUCACUUUGCUUCUGGGCUAUUUGGAACCGAAGGCGUUAUAAGUGGUAUGAGAAAAAAUUGUGACUUGUUCAUAUAUAUCAAUGCUCCAAAGGCUAUGGAAG